CACUUUAUCACCGUAUUUGUGAGGAGGAUCUUUGUGGCAGGGACCAAACCUUCUUCCAGUUGAUAUCGCAAUGAAGGUUUCUUCGGUGAAAUGUUGCCAGAAAGCAUGUUGUUCGGAAAUAAAGCGCGUAUUCUGCAGUUUGCACGACUCAGACUCGACUCGGCAGGACGUUACCUCCGCGGUGACGUAACUACACUCCCACAUCCAGCGCAGGGGCUGCUGGGAAGAAAGGGUCAGGAAUCGCAGGCUGUUGAACGCACCGACCUGCGGGUGCUCCGAAGAUGACCUAACCAACCCCACAGGGAACAACGAGCCUCUUGUUUCAGAUGAGAGCGGCACGGGUUGUAUUUCAUGACACAGAAGAACUUGCUCCACGCUAGCGUCCCGUUUUCCUGCCGCGCAGCCACCUUCAGCCUGGCUAGCUAACGUUAGCUGGCUAGCUGCUGCAUUGUUAUUGUUUUCGCUCGUUUGGCGGCCAUAUAAACACUACUCCCCCGAGGUUCCCCGGCCGAGGCAGGGGUCCGGACUGCCUGAGGGAUGUGUUUCUGCUCCUCCCGGGAAGAUGGAUGAUAAAUCCAGCAGCAGCCACCAGCGGCUCCUGGUCGUCCUGCUCAUGUCGUUGCUCUUUGGCGUCAUUAUGGUCCAGUACGUGUGCCCGAGCCGGUCGGAGUGCCGCAUGCUGCACCAGCUGGGGUCCUGGCUGAAAGUCGGCGGGGCAACUGGUUCCCGGAGCAGAGGUAAUGGAGCUCAAGAUGGGCCUCAGAAGGAUCCGUACAUCGCAGAAGACGGCGCCCUGGUGCGCUUUGUCCCUCGAUUCAACUUCACCAACGCUGAUUUAAACCGCGGCGUAGACUUUAACAUCAAAGGGGAUGAUGUUAUAGUGUUUCUGCACAUUCAAAAAACAGGGGGCACCACCUUUGGUCGACAUUUAGUGCGGAAUAUUCAGCUGGAGAGGCCGUGCGAGUGCCACGCAGGCCAGAAGAAGUGCACCUGUUACCGGCCAGGUAAGAAGGAAACCUGGCUCUUCUCCCGCUUCUCCACCGGCUGGAGCUGCGGGCUCCAUGCGGACUGGACCGAGCUCACCAAGUGUGUCCCGUCCCGCAUGGACACGAAAGAGGCUCCACAGAACCUGCUCAGGAGAAACUAUUAUUACAUAACCAUCCUAAGAGACCCUGUAUCACGCUACUUGAGUGAGUGGCGUCACGUGCAGCGAGGUGCCACAUGGAAAGCCUCGUUACAUGUGUGUGAAGGACGUUCACCGACGUUGUCUGAGCUGCCGAGCUGCUACUCUGGAGAUGACUGGUCGGGUUGCUCCCUGCAGGAGUUCAUGGACUGCCCCUACAACCUAGCCAACAAUCGGCAGACCCGCAUGCUGGCUGACCUCAGCCUGGUGGGGUGCUACAAUGUCUCUGCCAUGAGUGAGGAAGAGCGAUGGGCAGUGCUGCUGCAGAGUGCUAAACGUAACCUACGGGGCAUGGCCUUCUUUGGGCUGACCGAGUACCAGCGUAAGACCCAGUACCUGUUCGAGCGAACGUUCAACUUGGAGUUCAUCGCACCAUUCACGCAGCUCAACGGCACGCGCGCCUCCGGUGUUGACGUACCUCCUGAGACGCAGCACAGAAUCCGCCAGCUCAAUCGAUGGGAUGUGGAGCUGUAUGAGUAUGGCCGUGACCUUUUCCUACAGCGUUUCCAGGUGGCGAGGCAGCAGGAGCGCAGGCAGGCCAGAGAAAGGCGUCAGCAGGAGAGGAGGCGGCUACGUGGAAGGCUCGCAAAGCAAGGGAGGCAGCUGAAGCCUACAGAAACACCGCGUCAGCCUGACAGCCACUCUGCAGUUACUGAGGAGCAGCAGAGGGAGAAGGCUGUUGGAGACAACACAGAGUCAGAGGUGCUACUCCCAGAGUGGUGGGAUCUGGAUGAGAAUAGCACCAUGGAGGACUACAUGGACAAUGUGGAACAGUGGUAGCGACAGGAACAUGCAGUUGGGUCUUAACACUAAGUGUGCCAAGUUCUGCCUUGUUGUCUGUUGUUAAUGAAUAUAUUUUAGUAUAUGCCUCCCACUACAUGUGUAUCACCAUGAACUGUUUCAACUGACACAAAUUUAUUUAUUGAUACUGAUUGUAUUUCUUUGCAUCAACUGACAUAACAGAUAACGGAUGAAUUUCUCGAUGGAAAGAGAGGCUGCUCUAACUACCUGUAAUCCUGUACUGUUCACACGAGCCUUGUCGACUCUUCUUUUGGCUUUUGAACACAUCUGAACUCAUAUGAUGUAGCUUGGAACGAGUGGAAAUUCAUAAUUUCUUUGUCAAAAGAAACAACAUGAUACCUGUUUCUGUUUUAAAAAACAUCUGCAAUUGUUUGUGAUUAACAAUCUAUAUGUUUGCCAGAUUGUUCUCUUCUAUGAACUUUAUACAUUUUCAAAUGUACCUGUGUUUUUAAGUGUGUCUUACAUGACAGAAAAGAAGAAUGGGAUUUUCAUAGAUACCUCAAUGUGUUGUAUUAACUGCUAAUGUUGUAAAAUUAUUGAAUGUCUCCUGAGUCUCAAUUUUUAUAUAAAAUAAUAAUUUUACAUCUA